GGCCUAGUACCAGCACCACUGUCACUGAGCCAGUGAGCCAGUGCCUGUGCGAUCGUCGCCGCUGCAGUAGCAGUGACAGCCGGGAUGCUGCGCUCGCUCGUGGUUGCGGUGUUCGUCAGCUCUCUCUCAGUCAUCGCAUUUUCCGAGAACUAUGAUAUGGACGACAAUGUCGAAGAUGCUGUUAGGGAGGAGGUAGAUGGAUUGUCGAUGGGGGAGGACCACAAGAUGGUGGUCCCGUGGUCCUCGCUAUGUCCACCUCCAGUGUCCCCGCUACAACACUCUGCGUGCAAUGCCAUCCCCUGCAGCGGCAACAUAGACUGUCACUCUCGUCACAACCACACCUACCUGUGCUGCUUCAAUGGCUGCAUGGAUACAUGCAUGCGUGCACUUGACCCUCCACCAGUUUUUGACUGGAUUGAAGAUUUACCCGAGAAGAGGACUUUAAUAGUUCCAGGACAAGUGGUGUCACAUUCCAGCCCCCCAGAGUCAGUGGCUUUGCCUGGUGGUUGUGUCAUCACACCUCUACAGUUCCUCAGUUUAGAGCACUUUAAACAAAACCAACAUGUCUCCGAUUGCUUCUGCGACAUAGGAGGAGUGUUCUGCAAGAUAGUGCAGUAAAGACAUGUUACUUUCUUUAGUGUUCAUUUCCUUUGUGUAUAGUUUUGUACUUAUAACCUUUGUACUGUAUUAAAGUAUUUAAAUUAGUUAUUUCAAACCGUGCUGAUCUCUUUUUGAUAGUUAUUAGAAAACAUGUGUUUAAGCAUCUUAUGCACCUUUUAACAUUUUAGUAAAGUUAAAAAAAUAAUAUAUUAAUUUUGUUUUAAAAAUAAACUUUUGAAUAAACUGUU